GACAGUUUGAUUGACUAUGGCUGAAUCUGGAUCUGACCAACUGCUCUCCCCCGAAACCUCCCCGGAAGCCAGUGCUUGAAGACGAAACAUCUGUUGAUGAUGAUGUUCAGGCGGAGCUGUACCCUGGCAGAAGUUAUGUUAAAACUGAACGACGUAUAAUGCUAAUAGGCAUAACCGGAUCGGGAAAAAGUGCGACCGCCAAUACAAUUCUUGGAAAGGAGGAAUUUCAGUCAAUACCAGGCGCUAAAUCAGUCACAACUAGGUGUCAGUUUGCCGACGUCGAGAUCGCCAAUAGGUCCGUUCUAUUGGUCGACACACCAGGCAUGUUUGAUACAUGUUUUUCAAAUGAGAAGAUCGGAAAGGAGAUCAUGAAAUGCACAGCUCUUACUUCCCCUGGCAUCCAUGCUGUCAUUUUGGUUAUCAGAAUUGGGAGAUAUACAGAGGAAGAAAAACAAACAGUUGAGCUAUUUAAGGAGAACCUUGGACAUGAGCUGACAAAAUACAUGAUGAUUAUCUUUACCGGGAAAGACGACCUCGAAUACGGUGGGAUGACACAAGAAACAUACAUGGAAACAUGUUCAACUUCACUUCAGGAGCUUAUCUCUGAAUGUGGAGGCAGAUUACACUUUUUAAACAACAGAUCUGGUGAAGAACAAAAAGACACGUUUAGGAGGGAGCUGGUAGAUGCCAUUGACACAAUGGUGGAGGAAAAUGGUGGAAGAUGUUACACUAACCAAAUAUUAGAGGAGGCUGAAGCCAUCAUGAAGAAGAAAGAAAACGAACUGAAGAAAGAGAUUGCGAAGGGACGUAGACCAGAACGGAAAAGUUACAGCAACAGUUAGAAAAAAUCUUUAAUAAAGACAACCCACAGCUCGUGAAAAUGACAACGGUGAACAAUGGAAAUGCAAGAGACGUUGCGCAGAGGACUCUAGAAGUACUAGAGAAGAAAUAUAUGGAACUCAAGCACAAGUUUAAAAAAGUCAAAGAUAAAGUGGACAAGCAGCUGAGAGAGAAAGAGGAUGAGUUAAAGAAGCUUAAGGAAGAUAAUGAACGGCUGGUGGAAGCAGAACAACAGAAGUUGCAUGAGGAGAAGCUGAAGGUUGAAGAGGCGAAAAGGUUAAAGGAGGAGAUAGACGAGAUAGAAAUGAAGGAUGAAGAAGAGGCAAGAUUCCAAGCAAGGAAGGAAAUUGAGGAGGAAAAGGGAUUCUUUGAUGUCUUCCGGAGGGGUUGGAAUAAACUGAAAAGCAUGUUAACGUUGAAAGUGUUUUAGACAGUAUGAUUUUCAUGCAAUAGCGGCAUAAAGUAGUAAUCUGCAGAUAUUUCUCAUGCAGUUACAAUCAUGUUACACCUCAAUGUACAUAUCUGCGUAGGAGGAAUGUUAUUGUUUAGCAGUGUUUGUGAGUAGCUCACCUUCAUGUAUGCAUUGUGAUACGUAUAUCUCCAAUAUUGGUUCAGUCCUUAGUUUGCCAUUCGCAUUUUCAAAACUUUCGAAAAGAUAUAUCUCUUUUGUGAACUUUCACUGCUAGCUAGCCUUGAUUGUCUGCUCCAAAGUUCGCACUCUGUGGUCGCUCAUUGCUACCCGGUGCCUCCAUUGCCAGGAAUUGUUACACUUGACGACGUGCUCUUCUACUGUCUGGUCAGUUUCGCUUUUAUGGAUAUUAUGUGAUAAAUUGGAUCCUCUACUAGCUUGACGCACUAAUAUAAUUGGCAAGGGUAUUAAAGUACCCCCUGUUCCCCUGCCAUUAAUCUGUGAAUAAUUACUUUUCUUGGAAUAAACUUGCCUAGAUCAAUACUUACCACUUUUAGAAGUCAAAAUUUCCUGAAGGUCAAGUACCCUAUUAAUCGGAAAGUCAGGUAGUACAUUGUUUUGCGUCCAAUUGAUGUAUUUUAAUAAUAGGUCCACAGCUGCCUAUAUUUCCCCAUCUAGCCAAGUCUAGCUUAUUCACUCAUUAGAGUGAAUGCUUCCCUGGAUUAUGUGUCUUACUGAUUGUCCUGUCAGCAUGUUGGUGAAGAUAUCUUAUGCAAUUGGUGGAGUACGGUUGUCAGUUAAUAGCUAACCUGAGCAUAAUUUAUUCCUUUUUCUAUCUAUCAGUUAUCCUUUCCAGUGUCUAGCCACUUUAGAUUUUUCUCAUUGGUUGUAUCUAGCUGAUAAUAAUAAAACUGUCAAAGUCA